AUGAACGACCUACCGCAAAACCCUAACGCGGUUGUCGAAAGCGAGAAAGACGGGCAUCUUGGAGCGACGGCUGGGAGCGGUACUGGGAAUGGAGUGGGGGUUGUGUCGGAGAAGAAGCAGCGUAAUUACGAUAGGCAGGAAGAAGAAGAGAAGCCUAAACAUGCAAACGUGGAUAUGUCCCAGAUUCAAUUGAAGGCGGAAGAUCUCUACGACAAGGAGAAAGUCGACUUGGAGACUGUUGAGAUCGGAGACGUCUUCCAACUCCUUCAAUGUGACGAGAACGGCCUCAGCCAGGAAGAGGCAAAUCGCCGCCUGGAGCUGUUCGGGCCCAACAAGCUCGAAGACAAGCAGCAGAACGCGUUUUUGCAGUUCCUCAGUUUUAUGUGGAACCCUCUCUCGUGGGUAAUGGAAGCUGCCGCCCUCGUCGCUAUUGUGCUCUCCAACGGACAAGGCCAGCCUCCCGACUGGCAGGACUUCUGCGGUAUCGUCUUCCUCCUCCUCGUCAACUCUACCAUUGGGUUCUACGAAGAACGCAAUGCUGGAAACGCUGUCAAAGCCUUGAUGGAGUCACUCGCCCCGAAGGCAAAGGUGAAGCGCAAUGGCCAGUGGUCUGAGAUCGACAGCGCGAACCUUGUGCCCGGCGACAUGAUUGCGUUCAAAAUUGGAGACAUCGUCCCAGCUGAUUGUCGGCUUGUCGAGUCCGUCAACGUCUCGAUCGACCAAGCGGCGCUGACGGGUGAAUCGUUACCUCAGAACAAAAAGGUCGGCGACCAGUGUUUCUCGGGGUCUACCUGCAAACAAGGAGAGGCCGAGGCCGUCGUCAUUUCCACCGGACCCAACACAUUCUUCGGACGCGCUGCCUCCCUCGUCGGUCAAGACGAUGAUACUACAGGCCACCUGCAGAAAAUCCUCGCCCAGAUUGGGUCUUUCUGUCUCGUCACCAUCGGCAUUUUCGUCAUCGCGGAAAUUUUCGUCCUCUACGCUGGCUUCCGUUACCAAUAUCGUCGUGGCCUCAAUGCUAUCCUCGUGCUUUUGAUUGGUGGAAUUCCAAUUGCUAUGCCCACCGUGCUUUCCGUUACGCUCGCCGUUGGUGCCACCCAGCUCGCAAAGUACAAGGCUAUCGUUACUCGUAUCACCGCCAUUGAAGAGCUCGCUGGCGUCACGAUUCUCUGCUCGGACAAGACCGGUACACUCACAACUAACAAGCUUACCAUCGACCGAAACACCAUAAAGACAUACAGCCGCUUCUCGAACGAUGAAGUUGUCCAGUUCGCCGCCUUCGCCUCUAGGACUGAAAACCAGGAUGCCAUCGACGCUUCCGUCGUCCAGGCUCUUGGAGAUCCCAGGAAAGCUCGAGAGGGAAUCAAGCUGCUCGAUUUCAAGCCAUUCAACCCCGUCGAUAAACGUACGGAGAUCACGUAUCGUGAAGAGGCCACGGGCAAGCUCAAGCGCGUCACCAAGGGUAUGACCGGUAUCAUCAUCGAACUCUGCUCACGAAACAAGACCGACGAAGUCGAGAACCAACUGGAGGCAGACGUUGAGGAGUACGCCGUGCGUGGUCUGCGUGCGCUUGCUGUCGCCUACGAGGAGGUUCACGGAGAUGACUUCAACGCUGAGGGUGACGGCUUCGAACUCAUCGGUCUCCUUGCCAUCUUCGACCCGCCUCGCGCUGACACCAAGCAGACGAUCGACGAUGCUCUGGCACUUGGAGUGAAGGUGAAGAUGGUUACCGGUGACCAGCUCGCAAUCGCGAAGGAGACUGGUCGUCGUCUCGGAUUGGGCGACCACAUGUACCCUGCGAAGGUGCUCAAGGAGGGCCCUGCGCCAGGCUCGAAGCACGCCAACCUCGACGAGAUGAUCAUGGACGCGGAUGGCUUUGCCGGUGUCUUCCCGGAACACAAGUACGAGAUCGUCAAGAGGCUGCAAGGAUUGGGCCAUUUGUGCGCGAUGACGGGUGAUGGAGCGAACGAUGCUCCAGCUUUGUCUCGUGCCAACGUUGGUAUUGCGGUCGAAGGAGCUACGGACGCCGCUCGUGGUGCAGCCGACAUCGUCCUCAUCGAACCAGGUCUCUCCACGAUCGUGCACGCCAUCCGUCAAUCCCGUGUUAUCUUCCAGCGUAUGAGGAACUAUUCAAUCUACGCAUGCUCUGUAACGAUUCGUAUUGUCGUUUGUUUCGCGGUUCUGGCAUUUACAUACAAGUUCGACUUCCCUCCCUUCAUGGUGCUAGUCAUCGCACUGCUGAAUGACGGAACGAUCAUGACGUUGUCUCUGGAUCGUGUUCUCCCUUCGAACGAGCCGGAUGCGUGGGACUUGGCGGAGAUCUUCUCGUUUGCUAUCGCGUAUGGGUUGUAUUUGACUGGUUCUACAAUCGCCCUCAUCGUCGUCAUCAUCGAGACCAACUUCUUCCAGAGCACAUUCGGCGUCCAGCUCAGCAACCCAGGCACCGUCAAUCCGAACGAUCCUCAAUUGCACAUGAUUGCCUAUCUCCAAGUCGCUAUCAUCUCGCAGGCCCUCAUCUUCGUCACUCGUUCUCAUAGCUUUUUCUUUAUGGAGCGACCAUCCUUCGCCUUGAUGGGCGCCUUCGCGGUAGCCCAAGUCGUGUCGAGUAUCAUCGCCGCGUACGGUGACUGGGGUUUCACACAGAUCCACAGCAUCAGCGGUGGUUGGAUUGGAAUCAUUUGGGUCUGGAACAUCAUCUGGUUCAUCCCUCUUGAUUGGAUCAAGUUCGCCAUGAAGGCAACAGUUAUCAAACGCCUCCACGAGCGUCGUCUCGGUAAGACGCGCGAAGAGGUCGCUGCCAGGGCGGCUGGCGUCCCUAUCACACGCACCCAGUCACGCGCUGCCUCCAUCCACGAGAGCCUCUAUUCGAAUCGUACGAACUUCUUGAAGAAGGCGGCGAGGAAGGUCGGAUUCAAGGGCAAGGUCAAGGUGCAUCCCGAGGAGCUCCAGAGGUUCAGUAGCAUCCAGGCGCACAGGAGCGGGCAGACGCUGGCGAGGCACGCAAGCAGGCAGCCGGUUGGUGGUGCAACAUUGGCUGCUUAA